CGUGCAUUGAGCCGACUGGCGCCAUCCGCCAGUUCAGAGAGAAUGCCUCCACUGUAAAAAAAACUGGGACAUAAACACAAUCUGAUCAGUCAGCUCUCCAGCCAAAGCCAAUGUGCGCGACUGACAAAACUCUCUCAGCCAGCAAAGAAAAAAGGUGGAUGAGAUAGCAGCCGCGAAGGAUCACUUUGUGGAUUCUGUAAUUUAGAGAGAACAACUCUCGGACUUUAAUAUAUAUAUCUAUAUAUAUAUAUAUAGAUAGAUACGUUGUAAUACAAGUUCGUUCGAAGUCUGAUCGCGAUGGAAGUUGACCAGCCUCGCUGGAUGACACACCAUCACCCCGCCGUGUUAAAUGGGCAGCAUCCUGACUCUCACCAUCCCGGCCUUGGUCAUGGGUACGUGGACUCGGCGCCCUACCUCCCGUCCGAAGAAGUGGAUGUACUUUUCAACAUUGACGGGCAGGCCAACCACGUUGCAUCCUACUAUGGGAACUCGGUGAGGGCAACCGUGCAGAGAUACCCCCCUCCCCACCACGGGAGCCAGGUUUGCCGCCCACCUCUGCUUCAUGGCUCUCUGUCCUGGCUAGAUGGAGGAAAAGCCCUUGCCUCUCAUCAUAAUGCUUCUCCUUGGAAUCUGAGUGCAUUCAGCAAGGCUCCACUCCACCACAGCUCCCCGGGAGCUCUUUCUGUCUACCCUCCUUCCUCAUCAGCAUCCCUCUCAGCAGGACACUCCAGCCCUCACCUCUUCACCUUUCCCCCUACCCCUCCCAAGGAUGUCUCCCCAGACCCUACCAUCUCCACCCCUGGAUCCACCAGCUCCAGCCGCCAGGAGGACAAGGAGUGCAUCAAGUACCAGGUGUCCCUGGCUGAGGGCAUGAAGUUGGAGACGGGAUCCUCUCACCCCAGAAGCAGCAUGGCAUUAGGAGGGUGCUCGUCCUCAGCCCAUCACCCUCUGGCCUCUUACCCACCUUACGUCCCUGAAUACAGCUCCAGCCUCUUCCCAUCUGGCAGCCUGCUAGGAGGAUCUCCCCCGGGCUUCCCUUCCAAAGCAAGACCAAAAGCACGUUCCAGCACAGGGGAUCGCGAAAAAAUACUUCGUGACUGUAAAUUGCACCAUUUGGAAGUUGACCGAUCAAGCUGUAGUGAACUGGGGAUAUGUGCAUUCGACAUUUUAAUAGAAGGUCGAGAAUGCGUGAACUGUGGAGCCACCUCUACUCCCCUGUGGAGGAGGGACGGCACUGGGCACUAUCUGUGUAAUGCUUGCGGUCUGUACCACAAAAUGAACGGCCAGAACCGACCUCUCAUCAAACCUAAGAGGAGACUGUCUGCUGCCAGGCGAGCAGGAACGUCCUGUGCGAACUGUCAGACUACCACCACCACACUGUGGAGACGGAAUGCCAACGGAGACCCUGUCUGCAACGCCUGUGGGCUCUACUACAAACUCCACAACAUUAAUCGACCACUGACCAUGAAGAAGGAGGGAAUCCAGACUCGGAACAGGAAAAUGUCCAGUAAAUCCAAGAAGAGCAAAAAGACCCACGAUGGUCUGGAUGAAUUUUCAAAGAGCCUCAUGGACAAGGCCAGUUCUUUCAGCCCCACAACUCUCUCAAGACACGUGUCCCCGAUUCAUCAUAUUCCACCCUUCAGCCACUCAGGCCACAUGCUGACGACACCAACAGCAAUGCAUCCACCUUCCAGCCUGUCCUUCGGACCUCACCACCCCUCCAGUAUGGUCACUGCGAUGGGCUAGAGAUCUCCCGCUCAGAGCUUGGGGCUUGGGGCUGCAGAGCAAGCCUGCUUUGCAUUAACAGUUUCCAAACGAGACAAAAAAGCGAGCAAUAUCAGCCCGUUUUCAGAUGAUAGGAAGCCUCUGAGACUGGACGACCAUAAACUAUACUUCUGUUAGUAAGCUUCGCUUCAGAUAAAGAGUUUCCCUAGACAUCACCUGUAAGGAGCUCAGUAUGCUGUGUAUGUACGCUCCACCACUGAAUUCUCAGCCGCCAUUUGUGAAUACGUCAUUGUAGACUCAUCACCCGUUUAUUUGUGAGACAGGAUCUUGUGCUGUGAAAUAUAACUUUAAACAAGAUACCACCCCCCACCUUCCCUACCCCCCA